UUAGCGCUUCCCAGGUUCAGGUUGUUUUUCUAAUUUGUGAGCAAUGGAGGAACUUGUAGAGGAUUGGUCCAACUGGAAUCCAAUGGCCUUGGAUUAUAGCAACGAAAGCCUUAAUAAAUACAUAGAUGAGGCUGGGCAAAAUUUUGUUGAAAAAGCACGGGCUCCCUUGAAGCCCAGCGAAAUGCUUAAAAAAAAUGCGGCAAAGAAAAACGCAACCGAAUAUCCGUACUUGAUUCUAAAGAAGAAAGUGAAUUUGAUCACCUAUUCGGUGGCAAAUUUCUUUGGCCCGAAGCAUGUCCACAAGAUCGACCUUCGGCCCAAUUCGGAACUAUUCAAAGUUUUCUUCAAAGAUUUGGGUUCCUUGGAGGCAGCACUCAGCCAACUGGAAGUUUUUCCGCAUUUAAUGGAGUUGCAUAGAACACGUUUCGGUGGUCAGGAAAAGUCCAAGUCUGAAUACAUGCCCAUGCGGAGGCCCGGCAACAAGAUACCCGAUUCACCUAAGCUUCCAGCAAUUCUGCCAACAGCUCGUGGUCAAAUUGAUUUGAAAUCACGCACUAUAUACUUUUCGGAUAACACCAAUAAGCAUCCGGAGUUUCUAGUAUUUCCGAUUGUGGACUCUUCGUGCUAUAAAAGCGGCUCUCUGUUGGCCAUUCAAGAUGUGAAGAAGCGCUACCUGAAUGUGAAGUUCGAGUUUAAUUUGGAGCGCCACGGGGCCUAUGUACUCGAGAAACAAUAUGAAAAAGAAACGGGGGUGAAGCCGGUGAUCCAGCAGCUGCGAUGCGGAAGAAUAUUAUAUAGGAACGCGGACGUAGAUGAUGAGGAUGUGAAUCUGUGUGAAGAUGAUGACAAGGAGAUUCUUAUGUCUGGAUUCGAAAAAUGCGUGAACUGCCAAUCUUACACAAUGAUUGUGUGCAAAAUUUGCGAAAUGCCCUUUUGCGAUGCCAUGUGCUGGAGCAUUCUCUCCGAGCAGCACGAUCAGAAGUGCGGCACGGAUCAGAAAGUGGAGUUUAAAGAGGAGAAAUUUAUGAAAUUGUUUCCCAAGUCUGGUUUGCCGCCACGCCGUUCCAUGGUCAAGAUCACUGCCUUCGAGCAGUCGAAUGUCCUGUAUGUGCGUCCGGCCGAUGUCGUUUCUGAUGUGGCCUACCACCGCGUGCUCUCGGAGGUCUGGAAGCAUAGCAAAAAUGUACCCAAGCUUGACCAGCCGCCGGUCUGUGGCCAGAUUGUACUUUACAAGUUCGAGGGACAAGUCGUUCGGGCCAUGGUGCUGAAUGUGGACAAUCCGAAGGAUAUAUGCGUUGUCUGCAUUGAUUUUGGCAGCGUUGAAUACACUGAUCCAGGUAAACUGUAUCAAUGCAGCGAUUAUUUGAGUAAUUUGCCGCGCUACGCGACGCCUGUGAAGCUGCGCGGAGUCCCAACGCGCGCCUUGACCCCCCACCUGCGGGAUGCCAUGUAUGAAGUUCAGACGGAUAUGGUUUUCGAAAUAAGGUACCACAGUCGUGAGUACGAUUAUGGCAACCACAUGCAGACGGCAGUGCUCAUCCAUCGGGAGAACCAUAGAGCCUUAAAUAGCUUUAUCAAAAAAGUCAUGGCCGCCGUGGAGCCCGACUUGCAUAAACUUGGAUUCAAAGAAGAUUUUCUGCCGCAUGUGGCUGCGCCACCAGGGAAGAACAUAGACCUGAUUAUCACGGACAAUUCGUUCCUAAAGGUCGGCAUCAUUUACUGCACACCCGCGAUUUUGGCUGUGGAAAUCACGAAGAUGCAGCGCACAUUCCAAGACUAUGGGGAAAACAUAGCCAAAGCUGAGACCUACGCCGCUCCGAAGGGAGAAUUGUGCAUGGCCAAGUAUAUGGGAAAAUGGUGUCGCGGUGUUUCCAUGGAGCUAGUGGGUGAUGGCUAUCCCAGCAUCUUGUUUCUGGACUAUGGAAACAUUGUUCCGAUCCAUGUGACGGAUAUACGUGCAUAUCCGGAGCAAUUUACAUACCCCGUAUUGACUACGGAAUAUGUUUUGAUGGACCUGCCCAAAGAACUCACCGAUGCGCAGACUAAACGUCUCGAGAAACACCUGGAAGUAGGUGCAAUUGUGACCGUUGAUGAGAUUGUGAAGAACGAGGAAAACAAUUACUCGCUGCGCAUUGAGGGGUUGCAGAAACUUUUGUCGUAACGAGCUAACGAGCUUUUGUAUGUACAUAAUGUAACGCGCCAACUUCAAAUUAAUUCGUAUUU